UCCUCGACACGCGCUUCGAAGCCCUCGACACGAAUGGAGACGUCACCAGCGUUAGCUCACGUUUAGCUCGUGUUAGCUAAAAGUUGAAUUAAAGGGGACUGCGGGGUGGCUCUUUCUCCCCGGAGCCGCUAACGGAGCGGUGGUCCCCGGGCGGCGGCGUGGUGGUGGUGGUGGUCUCGGAGCCGGUUCCAGCUGACCCGGUCAACAGCGCUGAGGUACCGACUGUACUGUUCUCUCUAACGAGUCUGGAGGAGAACUGCCUUUCAGAGGCAAACAAGUUGAGGAUGGCGCAACGCUGUGGUAAUGGUCGCUGCUACGCUGUGCUUCAAUGGGAGAAAUCCCCCGUCACUGGAAGGAAACACAAAUUGGUCAUUCCAGCCGAGUCCCCAGACAAGAAGUUUGUUCUUCUCGUCGGAGCCUCCCAUCUGCGGGCGAUUGCAGAUGGGUUCGUGAAGAUGCCGGAGGGGAAACUUUCCUUCGGUGUCAUGUCAACACCGGGGGCGAAUGCGUCCGAGCUGACCACCGAAGUCCUGCAUGCUGCUCUCCCUCGAACGCCGGAUGCAAUCUGUGUCCUGGCUCCGGGUAACAAUCUGACUUCCAGCAGGACAAUCGCCGAGGCACGGGCACACUUUGGCACGCUCCUUGCCAGCGUCUCCGGUUGCUGUCCUAACGUUUUCGUUGUGGACUUUCCCCCGAGACUCGACGUGGAAGUGGUUCUGCAGGACGCCAUGCGACAGGAGUUCCAGCGCGAGGCGACACUGAUGGGUGUGAAGUACUUUUCCGUGGCUGACUAUUUUCCGUUUGACCGCCUUGACCUCUGGAAUAAAGAUGGCGUACAACUCAGUGAUAGUGGUGGGAUGAAGAUCCUGGUGCAGUUGCUGUGGCAACACUCCUAUGAGCAAACAGUUGACAAACCACCAGCACCUGAGCUGCAGGUUUCUCCCAGACCACCAACGUUCACUCCAAGUGUCCCAGUGGAAGAGGGGAACCAACCUGGCCAACUUCAGCCAUCAUGUGGUGCACCCCAAAAGAGGAUGGUCCAUCAGCGGGUAACGCUGAAGGACUGUUGCAUCCGGCUUACACCUCUCCGGUUUAGCAGCGCCAUGUUUGAUGAGAUGGAUAAAUGUGUUCCAUUCCAUCGUCUUAGCCCCGAGGUAACAACGGAACCGACUGUGGACCAUGGGCAGACGGCUGCAGCCUCCAAGAGAACCCCGGCUAUACACCAGUGCUCCUUCUGUUUCAUGCGCUUCCGCUUUUUGUGGACGCUCGAGAGACACGAGCGCCUCCACACCGGCUUCACGCCCUACCGCUGCUCCGAAUGCGGCGAGGCGUUCGAGCUGAAGUGGAUGAUGAUGGCGCACAUCCGGACUCACAAGGGGAGGAAGCCGCACUGCUGCAACAGGUGCAGGGACUGCGGGCGGCACUUCUCCUUGGCGGUAAUUCUCAAAGCACACAAGCGGUCGUGCACGCAGAGCAAGAACGAAGCGGUCCGCGGCGACGACGACGUCGUCGUCUCGGAGCCGGUUCGAGCUGCAGCCGGUGAAACGUCGCAGCCCGACCUGGUCGACAGCGUCAGCUCUGAGGUUCGGACUGUACUGUUCUCACUAACGAUGCCGGAUCUGAAGUUGAACCUCCGUUCAGAGGCAGCCAAGUUGAGGAUGGCGCAACGCCGUGGUACUGGUCGCCGCCACGCUGUGCUUCAAUGGGAGAAAUCCCCGUUCACUGGAAGGAGCCACAAAUUGGUCAUUCCAGACGAGUCCCCAGACAAGAAGUUUGUUCUUCUCGUCGGAGCCUCCCAUCUGCGGGCGAUUGCAGAUGGGUUCGUGAAGAUGCCGGAGGGGAAACUUUCCUUCGGUGUCAUGUCAACACCGGGGGCGAAUGCGUCCGAGCUGACCACCGAAGUCCUGCAUGCUGCUCUCCCUCGAACGCCGGAUGCAAUCUGUGUCCUGGCUCCGGGUAACAAUCUGACUUCCAGCAGGACAAUCGCCGAGGCACGGGCACACUUUGGCACGCUCCUGGCCAGCGUCUCCGGUUGCUGUCCUAACGUUUUCGUUGUGGACUUUCCCCCGAGACUCGACGUGGAAGUGGUUCUGCAGGACGCCAUGCGACAGGAGUUCCAGCGCGAGGCGACACUGAUGGGUGUGAAGUACUUUUCCGUGGCUGACUAUUUUCCGUUUGACCGGCUUCACCUCUGGUGUAAAGAUGGCGUACACCUCAGUGAUAGUUAUGGGAUGAAGAUCCUGGUGCAGUUGCUGUGGCUACACUCUUAUGAGCAAACACUUUCUCCCAGACCACCACCGCCAACGUUCACUCCAAGUGUCCCAGUGGAAGAGGUAACGCUGAAGGACUGUUACAUCCGGCUCUCAAAUCUCCGGUUUAGCAGCGCCGUGUUUGAUGAGAUGGAUAAACGUGUUCCAACGGAACCGACUGUGGACCAUGGGCAGACGGCUGCAGACUCCAAGAGAACCCCGGCUAUACACCAGUGCCCCUUCUGCGAAAAGCGCUUCCGCUUUUUGUGGACGCUCGAGAGACACGAGCGCCUCCACACCGGCUUCACGCCCUACCGCUGCUCCGAAUGCGGCGAGGCGUUCGAGCUGAAGUUGACGCUGACGGCGCACUUGCUGACUCACAAGGAGAGGAAGCCGUACCGCUGCAAGCGCUGCGGCUCGUCGUUCAGGUCUAAGUUCGAGCUGCGCAAGCACACCAAGAUCCACACGAGGGAAAAGCUGCACCCGUGCACUGACUGCGGGCGCCACUUCUCCAUGGCGGGAACUCUCCAGAGCCACAAGCGGGCGUGCACGCAGAGCAAGAACGGAGCGGCCGGUGAAACGUCGCAGCCCGACCUCGUCAACGGCGUCAGCUCUGAGGUGUCGGUUGAGCCCCGAUCCUCAGAGGGUCUCGACUCCGACGAAGCCGCUCGGGGUGAAAAUAACCCGCAGGAAGCGGAAGAGCGACCGGAGGCCGUCGUUUCCAGCCCACACGUGAAUGUAAUGGUGAACGAGGAGGAAGAGGAGGAACCGGUGUGCGAAGAAGAAGCAGCUCCCGACCAGGCGUCCGGCGGUGAGGAUUGCACCAUGCAGGAGGAACCUGAGGAGCAGCGACAGGAGAGCAACGCGGACAUUAGGAUAACGGUGAAGGAGGUAGAAGAUGACCUCCUAAACAUGUCAGGAGGGGAUCCCCCGGGGCAGGAGCAGCAGAAGAGCUCGUACAGCUGCGGGCUCUGCGGAAGAAACUGCGGCAAGAUGUGCGCCCUUCAGAUCCACAUGCGGAUCCGCUCGGGAGAGAAACCCUACAAGUGCUCCGUGUGCGGCAAGUGGUUCAAAUAUCAAAGUGAGCUCAGAGGUCACCAUAAGGUCCACAUGGCGGAGAAGCCCUUCUCCUGCCCGGACUGCGGGAAGAGCUACACCCAGUGGGGCCACUUUAACAGACACUGGCUCACGCACACGGGGGAGAGGUCUUACCACUGCUCCGUGUGCGAGGAGAGCUUCAACCAGCUCGCCCGCUUGCGGGAGCACGAGAAAAUCCACUCCAGGGCGAAGUAUGACUGUCCCAGGUGCGAAGAGAGCUUCACGCGACCGGCGAACCUCAAGGCCCACUCCAGGGUGCACACGGGCGGGAGGCUGUUCUCCUGCCCCGAAUGCGGGAAGAACUUCAUCCACAAGGUGAGCCUCAAGGCCCACCUCAGGGCGCACACGGGCGAGAGGCCGUUCUCCUGCCCGGACUGCGGGAAGAGCUUCAUCCAGUCGGGGACCUUGAAGGUACACCGGCUCAUGCACCUCAGGAAGAGGCCCUACCACUGCUCCGUGUGCAAGGAGGGCUUCAACCAUGCGAACCGUUUGCGGGAGCACAAGAAAAUCCACGUGAAGUUUGACUGUCCCAGAUGCAAAAAGAGCUUCGAGCAAAAGUCGAGCCUCAAGACCCACUUCAGGCUGUUCCACACGGACGACAGGCCGUGGAGCUGCGACGUCUGCGGGAGAGGCUUCAUUCGCUCGCAACUCCUGCGCCUCCACAAGCGGAAGCACGAGCUUGAGUUCGCCGAGAGGAGCGACGAUUUAUCCCAAAGCAACGAUAACUCCCAGACUAACAUUUGCAUAGCGGGCAAAAAUGACUGAUGUGUGUGUGUGUGUGUGUUUAUAUAUUUAUAUAUAUAUAUAUAUAUAUAUAUAUAAUAUAUUUAUUGAUGAGAGACUACUCUCUGUGAUUAAAGCCGUCAUUAAAACUCUCCAAAAGAAGUAUUGAAGCUAAAAUAUUUUAACUUCCUGAAAUUGAUAAACCAAUAUGUGUCAAAGGGUGUUCAGCAACUAACAAAACUUAGGUCAAAUCUUAGGAAACUGUUCAGGCGUUAGUUGAAUUUACACAUUUAAAGUAUUUAUUGUAGUACAAGUGGCUCACUUGAGGUCUGAGAUUUCACAUUUUUCCAUGCAGUAUUUGUCCUUCAACACUAAUUGUGUACGUGGAAAUUGGAUUCAAGAGUAAAUAUAUUGUUGUAUCAAAUGUUAGGAUGAGCAGUCGGGUGAAACUGGAAUUCAUUCUUUGUGUCUGAGCUACUGAAAUGUUUUAGCCAGUAAUGAAGCAAAAUGAUUUUCAUACUCAUCAGGGUCUUUUUUUUUUUUUUUGUAAUUGUUUUUAUGGCUAGGAACAUUUUACCUUUUUUAGUGGCGAUAAAUAUUUUAUAUGUUCUUCACAACCAAAUCAUUAAAGGAGGUUCACCUGGUUUGGACAACUCUUAAAAUGGCCGACAACUAUUGUGAAUUAAAGAAAUCGUCCUCAAAAGGCUGUGAUGGAAAAA